GUUCCUGCAGCUGCAGGAUGUCUGCCGUCUGAAUCUGCACGAUGGCCUCAUGCCACCAAACGGCGCAGUCAGCGUCCGACCCUUCUCGCUCAUGCAGGUACAGCCCUGUGGGCCAAGACUAGAUAUAGUGCAAUCUCCCAUGUCUUCUUUUCUCAUCGUCAGUCGCACUGCUUUCCAGUCCGUUGUCAAGUCACUCUUUCGAGUCUACAUCCUAAUUGCAGCAUUUUUGCUUGCGUCCUUUCGUUGAGUCCGCUCAUCACGAUCUUUACAGGCCCCGGCCGUCCUAUCAUUCAAAAUCGCACAUCCUUGUUUAUACUGUUAAUACCAUAAUCAUGUCUCCCUCAACCAUCACUCGCGCUGCUUUCGCAGCUGGACUUCUUGUCUCUGGCGCCGCUGCCGCUUACGAUGCUGCCGCCAAGACGAACAUUGCUAUGUACUGGGGACAGGGAUACGAUCAGAUCCCACUGAUUGAUGUCUGCACUGACCCUAACGUCGACAUUGUCAACAUCGGCUUCAUCACCUCGUUCCCUACAGUGCGAGGCGCAUACCCCGGAAGCAACCAUGCCAACGCGUGUGGCAGUGAUGUAUAUUACGAUCCGGUCUUGAAGCAGAACAGCACUCUGUACAGUUCGUGCCCUGGCGUAGAGGAAGCCAUCAAUGCUUGCCACAGAAGGGGCAAGAAGGUCAUGCUCUCCCUCGGAGGUGGCUGGCCUACGAACUACUACCUCAAGGACCAGGACGUCGCCGAAUGGACCGCUGAGUUCCUGCUCGGUGCCUACGGCAAAGUCACCCCUGAGUGGAAGGCCGCCGACAAGCCGCGCCCGUUCGGUAACGCGUUCGUAGACGGCUUUGACAUGGAUCUCGAAGCGCAAUUCUACGACAUGCCCGGAGGUGAUGCCAAAUUCAUCUACGCCAACUACGAAUACUUCGGCAACUACGUCAAGACCCAUUCGAACAUGCUUCUCUCUGCUGCUCCCCAGUGUGUCGUCCCCGAUGCUAGGAUCUCUCCCAUCAUGAAGAAGUUGGCCUUCGACAUGAUCUUUACUCAAUUCUACAACACCUGGGAAUGCUCUGCUGCCAAGGAGGUCGACGACAAGAAGAAGAAGCAGCCCAGCACUUUCACAUUCCAGAAGUGGAUUGAUGAGAUCAAGGCCUCAGCGAACCCCGGCGCCAAGUUCUACAUUGGAUUGCCUGCCGGGCCUGCCGGCGUCGAUAACCACAAGGACCACUACCUCGAGCCCCUUGACGCAGACUUCUUGCUGAGGUUCUACAAGAACGACCCCAGCUUCGGUGGUGUGAUGCUCUGGGAGGCGACCGUCUCUGUGGAGAACCCAACUUACGGCCAGUCGUACGGUACUUGGAUGAAGAAGUCUCUCGACGGUACUUUCAUGGAGGACUUCCACCCUGUGGUGUCUUCCAGCACUCUGUCCUCGUCGACUGCUACUCCGACUUCGACCAUGCUGUCAUCUUCCAGCACCCCUGUCUCGUCUACGAUGGUCUCGUCUUCCACUCCUAUCUCGAGCAGCAUCAUGUCUUCCAGCACCCCUGUCUCGAGCGGCAUGGUCUCCUCCAGCACUCCUACUCCCAGCACCAUGAUCACCAGCAGCAGCGCCUCAUCGUCAUCAGCUUAUCCCACCUCGAGCUCAGCUUCCAGCAGCAGCUCCGUCCACGUUCCUUCCAGCUCAUCCGUGGCGGAAUCGUCUUCUGUAGCCUCCAGCUCCUCUUCCGUCCACGAGAGCAGCUCCGUCUACAGCGAGAUGCCCACUUCCAGUGAGAGCGCUAGCUCCGUUGCUACCGUCAGCAGCACCAUGAUUGAGCCCUCGUCCAUCGCUACUAUCUCUGCCUCCAGCAGCGAGUCGGUCUACGUUCCUCUCCCAACUGAGACUAUCACUGCCAGUUCUGUCGAGUCUGUCAGCAGCAGCAGCAGCAGCAGCAUGGUCGAGUCGUCCUCCAUCCCUGAGAUUACGGCUACUGUCAGCGCCAGCUCGGUUGAGACUGUCUCCAGCACCCUCAUCGAGCCGUCGUCCGUUGCUACAGUCUCUGCUUCAGAGUCUGCCAGCAGCUCCGUAUACGUUCCUUCACCAAGCGAGACCUCUGCUUCCGGCGAAGUGUCCUCAUCUGCCUCAAGCUCCAGCGACAUGUACCCCACUGGCUCAGUCUCCGCGACUACCCCUGGUGCUUCAAGCUCCAGCGAUACGUACCCCACUGAUACAGUCUCUGCGACCAUCCCCGGAGCCGUUUCUUCCACUUCCUGCAGCACCACCCCCGAGGCCGCGUCUUCUACCCCAUACGCGCCCCCCAUGGAGUACAGCAUGUCAUUCUCUGCUGUCUACCCAUCUGAGGUCCACUCGUCUGUUGUUUACUCAUCCGGUGUCUACUCUACUGCAUCCCCGAUGUAUCCCACCGACACUGUCUCUGCUACAUACCCUGCUGAGAGCUCUAAGGGCUCUGUUGCAUCCAGUACUGGUCACGUGAGCGUCCCAUCCGUGACCGAGAAGCCUGAGUACCCCGAGUCUUCCAGGGCUCCCGCUGGCUCCACCACCUCAGUUGUCACAACUACCUACGUCGACGUUUGCCCCACCGGUUUGACCACCGUUACCACCACCUACGUUGCGACCGUCUGCACCAAGUGCGUAAAGCCUACCGGCUCGACCGACGUACCUGAGGGUUGGACCACCAGCGUCUACACUGCCAGCACCGUUACCGUGACCAUCACCAAGCCCAUCGCUACCGCCACCCACGUGCCCGCAUACCCAUCCUCUGCUCCUUCCGUCGCAUACCCUGCAGACUACCCGGCCAAGCCAGUUUCUUCAGGCAAGCCUACAUACCCUGCCGUCCCUGAAGCGUCUAUGCCCUCCUACCCAGCUGUUCCAGAGGCAUCGAUGUCCGCAUACCCUGUCGCUCCUGAGGCUUCCAAGGCUGCUGAGUACCCGUCCGUCCCUGAAGCGUCCAAGGGCGCUGAGUACCCAUCUAUGCCCGAGGCCUCCAAGGCUGCAGAGUACCCUGCCAUGCCCGAGUACCCCAAGAAGCCAGUCGAGCAAGAGGUCACUAGCACCAUGUACAUGACCCUCACCAAGGUCGCAAUGCCCACUUAUACCCCCGCUCCUUACCCAACUGCUGGAGGUGCUCCUCACAUCCCUGCCGGCCCUGCCAUGAACGGUACCAGCAUGUACGCGCCUAUGCCUACUGGCACUGGUAAGCCUGCCAUGCCUUCCCAGUACACGCCGCCUGCGGAGUUUGAGGGCGCUGCUAGCCGUGUUGGAGCUGGGUUCAUGGUGAUUGUUGGUGUUAUUGGUGCCGUCUUGGUGCUUUAGAUUUGAGGAUUGAAGAGUGUUGUGUAGUAGUUGGAUGUUUACGUUUCUCAUGUCACUUCGUACGUUUUUCAGAUACCACUAGGUGUAGUUGUAUGCCAUGCGAGUACGCGCGAUUGUUCUUCUUGUUCAUACUUGGUCAAUAUCAAUCAUGCCCGCGAACUUUCACCGUGAUGCCAGUCUAGAAGAUGCUAGAAGUCUACACGUCUCGGAUAAUAAGGUGUCAGCAUAAACGAAAAGUUCAAAGUCAUUCUUUGUGAUAUUUGGGGAACGCGAAAUCCGAGGUAACGGCGUGACUGUUGAUAACGUCGAGGGCUGGUUCCAGCCUAUUGAUGAUGCAGCGUGGAAG